UUCAUACCGUUUAUAUGAUUCUUUACCUCCUCCAUUUUUUUCUCUCUCCUCUACUACCUCCAUCUUCACUUUCACGUUUCACCAUUUUCUCUCUCCUCCAACAACAAUCAAUAAACCCUAAAUUAGCUAAAUUAAUCUCUGCUCGUGAUUAUCUGAUAAUUUUCUGACGUUUUGCCGGCGAUUUUUUGUUGUUAUUGAUUGAUAGAUCAGAUGAAAUUUGGGAAGAGUUUGAGCAAUCAGAUCGAGGAAACGUUGCCGGAAUGGCGAGAUAAGUUUUUGUCGUACAAAGAUUUGAAGAAGCGGUUGAAGUUGAUCGUACCGAAGAACAAUAAUAGUAAUAAUAAUGUUAAUGGCGGUGGUGACGAGAGCUGUAAUGACCGUCCGAUUAAGCGGCAGAGGAUUGACGGCGAGGAAGCUAUGACGAAGGAGGAAGUUGAUUUUCUUAGAUUGCUGGAGGAUGAGCUUGAGAAAUUCAAUACUUUUUUCGUUGAGAAAGAGGAAGAAUACAUCAUCACAUUAAAGGAAUUGCAAGAUAGAGUGGCAAGGGCAAAGGUUUUUAAUUAUGAAGAGAUGCUCAAAAUUAGGAAGGAGAUUGUGGAUUUUCACGGGGAGAUGGUUUUGUUGGAAAAUUACAGUGCCCUCAACUAUACAGGUUUAGUGAAAAUUCUGAAGAAGUACGACAAAAGAACUGGUGCACUAAUUCGGUUACCAUUUAUCCAGCGGGUCUUGCAGCAGCCUUUCUUCACAACUGACUUACUUUACAAGCUUGUCAAAGAGUGUGAAAGAAUGCUGGACGUUCUGUUUCCCGUUGAUGACGAGCCAACAACAGCCUAUUUAGGUGAUGGUGAUGAUUGUUGCGAGCCUACAACCAGUUCCACCAGCAAUAGUAACGGCCUGCUUAAAUGUCCAAAGGAACUUGCAGAGAUCGAGUACAUGGAGAGCCUCUAUAUGAAGAGUACUAUCUCAGCAUUGAGAGCCUUGAAAGAAAUCAGAAGUAAAAGCUCGACUGUGAGCAUGUUUUCACUACCUCCCUUGCAACUCGCUGGUGUAGAGGAGACAUGGAAGAAGAUACCUAUUCUUGAACAAGUAGCGAAAUAAACUACUUGCUUCUAGAGGGGACUAGGGAGGAGACGUUACUCUCGUCUCCUUCGUGUAAUUUUUUUUUCACUGUAUUUUUUUGUCCCUCUCUUAUGUCAUAGAUACUAACACGAGCUGUAAUGCUCUUUACAUCUUACUUCAAUUACCACUAUCAGGUAUACUAAAAGGCAUGAAUUUAUGCUCUGUAUGAUAAGUUUAAUGUUAAUGCAGAAUGUAUAAGUUUCAGAAGAA